AUGGGAGCAGAAUCUUCUAAACCUAUUUUAGGCCCUUCAUCGCCUACUAGAGACGUCGUUGAAUUUGACGAAAAGCUUGUCUACCAAUUUGCUGAUUUGGAUAUUGACGAUAUCAAGCAUGUUCCCUCUGAUUUAUCUAUCGAAAGCAUUUCAAGAUAUUCCAAGCGUUUUUAUCAAGACAGUAAAAACCUGUUGGCUAAAAAUGCAUUAGCUGGAAAUGAUCCUACCAAUGUGUUUUUGAAUUCUUCUGCUGCCAUCCAUAACGAUCGUCAUACAUUUAAUGUCAAGAUAGACUUGGAAGGCUCUGCUACCAAUCAAAAGUCAAGUGGUCGUUGUUGGCUAUUUGCUGGAACAAACAUUAUGAGAAUUGCUGUUAUUACAAAAUACAAUUUACCAGAUGACUUUGAACUUUCUCAAAGCUAUUUAUUUUUUUAUGAUAAACUUGAAAAGGCUAACUGGUUUCUUGAAAACAUGAUUGACCUUGCACACGAGGAUAUUGAUGAUCGAGUAGUUCAAUAUCUCUUGACUGAUCCUGUUGGUGAUGGUGGCCAAUUUGAUAUGCUGAUUAACCUUGUUGAAAAAUACGGCGUUGUACCCAAGAGCGUAUUUCCGGAGACAUUCUCGUCAUCAAACACAAGACGUUUAAACUGGCUGGUUACUGUUAAGCUUCGUGAAUUUGCUACGGUUAUUCGUAAGCAAAUCAGUUUGGGUAUGUCAACACAAUCUGUUCGUGUCUUGAAAGAAAAGAUGAUGGAAGAUAUUUAUCGCAUCAUUACAAUUCAUCUUGGAGAACCUCCUUCUCAAUUUGAUUGGGAAACUCAGGAUAAGAAUGGCAAGUAUAUUGGCAUUCAUCAUUUGACACCCAAGAGGUUUUUCAAGGAAGUUGUCAAUUUUCCUAUCUCUUCUAUGGUCUCAUUAAUCAAUGAUCCACGUAAUCCUACGGAUGCACUCUAUACUGUUGAUCGCCUUGGUAACAUUGUCGGUGGUAAACCCAUCCGUUAUAUCAAUACCACUUCAGAAAAUCAAAAGCAACUCGCUAUCAACGUCCUAAAAUCUGGUAGACCAGUAUGGUUUGGUUGCGAUGUGGGACAGUUUAGUAACAACCGCGUGGGUGCUAUGGAUACCAAAAUUUAUGAUUAUGAACUCGCAUUCAAUAUAAAGUUCAAUUUGACCAAAGAAGAAAGAUUGUUGUACAAGGAAAGUUUGAUGACUCAUGCUAUGGUGUUCACAGGUGUUCACCUUGAUAAGGAUGGUAAGCCAAUCCGAUGGCGUGUAGAAAAUUCAUGGGGCGAAGAUACUUCUGGAGACAAAGGUUUUUGGGUUAUGACAGACGAAUGGUUCUCUGCCUUUGUCUAUCAGGUUGUGCUUGAGAACAAGGAUGUUCCUAAAAAACUACUUGCUAUCUUGGACACUGAGCCUACUGUAUUGCCUGCGUAUGAUCCUAUGGGAGCAUUAGCCUGUCCUCAUUAG